AUGGACUACUCUGCUGCUGCUACUGAGGCCGAUGCUCUUCACGGCGCCUCUCCCUGGGGGUCUUCUUCUCCUCGUGCCUCCAGGGGCUUUCCGCAUGCAGCACCGGACUCUCCAGAGUCACCCCAACCGAUUCGAGGGCAUUCCUACAAUCAAUCCCAAGACAGCAUUCCCGACAGCCCAUAUCUACCUCCACCUAACCAAUCAAAUGUGUCCGUACCUACAGAGUCUGGGAUCUCGGGAGAUUCAGCUACUGCUCCCCAGAAUCAACGUCCGGAAGGGGGCUCGGUGCAAGCACAGGCUGCCGCAACACAGCCACAGGAUGUCCAAACACCCGCGGCAGCGCAACAAUAUACUGGUCAGACCCAACAACGGCCCGGGGCUACAAGAUAUCAUAACGCAAGGCAAAACAGACCGGUGCCGCAAUAUAAGCUGCAAGCUAAGGUAACUGCGCUAGAGAGAACGGGACGCAAAGAUCCCGUUAUCAGGUUUGACGUCUAUACCAAUCUUCCCAAAUUCCGGACCACCCAAUUCCGAGAUGUCCGUCGGACGCACUCCGAAUUCGUCAAGCUCGCCGACCAUCUCAUAUCUUCAAAUCCAGAAGCACUUGUCCCUGCCGUGCCCCCCGCCCAAACUUCUGCUGGAGUAGGCACCGACGAAGAUGAAGCCCGAGUCAAGGCGGCAAUUCAAAGAUGGUUGAAUUCUGUAUGCAGCAACGAUGUGCUCAUGCGUGAUGAAGAGAUGGUAUUCUUUGUGGAAAGUGAUUUUGGGUACUCUCCCGUGGUGAGAAUGAAGCAGCCAGCGACUGGUGUAAGACGGAAAGUCUUGAAACAAUUUGCGCCACCGCCCGACGAUACGCCUGAGCUGCACGAGGCAAGGCCUGUUGUCAAAACGUUCUACCUUAGUUCGCUGGACACGAGCCAGAAGCUCGAAAAGGUUGUUAAGGCCAGACGAGCUCUUGGUCUUGCAGAAUCGUCCCUUGGAGAAAAAAUUGGCCAAAUGAAUGUCCAGGAGACCCACCUCGGGCUAGCAACCGCAUACCGCAAACUUGGACGUAUCAUUCAAACGUGCGGCGAUUACCACGCCGCACAAGGAACCGCUGAAGCCACGACAUUAGGGGAUGCGCUCACAUACCACUCUUCUGACGCCUUCAUCGUCAAGGAAACCUUGACAAACCGACACAUCCUGCUCCGUGAGCUGCUCCAGACGGAGGCAUCCCGUCGAAGCAAGGAAAACGCCGUUCAACGCCUUAAAAGCUCUUCCAGCGUUCGCCGAGAUAAGGUCGAUGAAGCAAUAUCUGCGCUUGACGAGGCAAUGUCUCAAGAAAACUACCUCCGCUCAAAAACACAACGCGUGACUGCAAAUUUACUGCUCGAGAAACGACGCUGGUUCAAUCGCACAUCCAAUGAAUUCAUGCUCUCCCUUCGUGAGUACGUCCUGCGUCAAAUCGAAGCGGAGCGCCGCACGCUCGCAACUCUCGAGAGUGUGAGGCCGGAUAUCCGGGCAAUUGACGCCUCAGGUGGUUUGAGCAGAUUGGGGCGGGAGAAUCAUCCCACGGUAAGGAGGAUUAGUAUGGCCAGCAGCCAAGGCGCGAAAGGUGACGCUUGGUCUGGUGUCCCACGGAGCAGGGAUGCUCUUUCUAGAAGUAUGUCUGGGAGCUUCGGACCGGGAGCGCUGGGUGUCCCUCUCCCGGAAGAGAGCGAGAACGGGACAAAUGGUGCAGGGUUGGCGCAGGCGGGACGACCGAGGAGCGCGACAGGGGCCAGCCUUGAGAGGGUCAAGGAAGACGAGGACGAGGAUCGCGUCGAUGCGAGGAACGCCGCCAGUCGGUUGGCACAGAGCACGUUCUGA